UUUAUCAAUAACCACUAAUUUUGUUUUGAGGCUUAUUCUCAGGAUUUACAGUUUGAAAUGAUUGUUUACUUAAAUCUUGUUGUUACCUAAAAUAAACAAAUGAUUUCAGAGGAUAUGAGCAUUUGUUCACCUGUUAAAAGAAAAAAACCAGAUCACAAUAUGGACCAGUUUGAAAAUGUUUUGAUAAAUGCUUCAGAAUUUAUCAAAGGUCGGUUAUAUUUUGUAUCAUUAAAUACAAAUGUUAAGCCCAAAUCAACGACAGCUGUUCAUUACUUUGGUGUGGAUACAGAAUUAAACUAUGACAGCUUUUAUCUUGACUUUGGGCCACUAAAUUUGGCAAUGCUAUAUCACUAUUGUAUAAAACUAAAAAGGAAGUUAAGUAAUCCAGCAUUUUACAAUAAAAAAAUUGUACAUUUUACUGGAGAUGAUAAUCAAAAAAGGGUCAAUGCUGCAUUUCUUAUUGGAGCAUAUGCUGUAAUGUAUUUACAGUUUGAACCAGAACAAGCACAUGACAUUUUAGUUCAUGAUUCGUCGAAAGAAUAUUUAAAAUUUAGGGAUGCUUCAAUUGGGGAGCCAUACACACUUUCCCUAUUGAAUUGCUUAAGAGCCAUAAAGAAAGCAUAUACGUAUGGGUUCUUCAAUUUUGACAGCUUUGACUUUUUAGAAUAUGAACAUUAUGAGCAAGUUGAAAAUGGUGAUUUCAAUUGGAUACUUCCUAACAAAUUCAUUGCAUUUUGUGGACCUCACAACAGAUCAAAGCUAGACAGAGGUUAUCCAAUACAUUCACCUGAAACAUAUUUUUCUUACUUUAGAAGACAUAAAGUUAGCACAAUUAUACGAUUGAAUAAGAAGACAUAUGAUUCAAAUAGAUUUGUACAAGCUGGAUUUGAUCAUAAGGAUUUAUACUUUGUGGAUGGUGGGACACCAAGUGAAAGGAUUCUCAAUCAGUUUAUAAGUAUUUGUGAAAAUGCCCGUGGUGCUGUAGCAGUUCAUUGUAAAGCUGGGCUUGGGAGAACAGGAUCGCUUAUUGCAUGUUAUAUAAUGAAACACUACAAAUUUACUGCAGAAGAAACGAUAGCCUGGAUAAGAAUUUGUCGCCCUGGUUCAAUUAUUGGCCACCAACAAACUUGGCUGCAAGAAAAACAAAAAGUUAUGUGGGAGGCUGGAGAAAUUUAUCGUAAAAGGCAUGGUAUGUCAGCACCAAUCAAACACACACAUGGUAUUUACAGUACGGCAAAUACCAGUCUAAACAAAAAUGUGGAUAAUGUGACGGGGAUUAUGAAAAAAGUUGACUGUAUGGAAAUAAAAGAUACUGAUGAAGAGUUUCAUUCUGAAGAAAAUAGCAUAACUCAAGGUGACAGGCUAAAUGAAAUUAAAGCACAGCGAAUCAGAACAAAACCGCCGGGAACAAACUUGACAGAGCACAGAUCACAAAAAAGUCAUAAGGUAUCCAUAAAUACGAGUAGUGGUGCGACAAUGGUAUUGCGAGGCGGAAAAAUAUUAGCCGGAAGUGGACGAUCGACCGGUCCUACAAGUACAAAAGUGUUUACAAAAAGAAUUGAAUCUAAGGACAGCCAGGUGAGACGAAUUCAACGGAAGAUCUUGACACCUCCAGCCAAUAAACUAGUACUGAUCGAAGACAGCAAACGGACGGUGAAAAAAAAAGAAUCACCAUGGUUAAGUAAAAAUUAUGGCAUUAAAAAUGGUGUGACGUUCCUAACUAACGACGAUAAAUUAGUAUUAAAGCGGGGUAAACGAACACUUGCUUUGGAAAAAGACAAAAGCAGUUCUCGAUCUAUUAAAGUUCUUCGGCGAUCACAUGGGCAGGUAAAGGAUCCAGAGAAAAAUGAUGAAAAAUUGCAUUUACCUUCAGUAAAGAUAAAUAAGACACUUUAAAUUCGUAAAUGUUUCAACAAAUUAUAUAUUAUUUUAUCUUUUGUUUCAAAAAAGUUUAUUUGUACAAGAUACAACCCGUCCCGAUUUUCACUGUAUAUUCAUUGUCAAAAAUACUCCAUAACAUAAGAGACUUCUAAAGACACUAAAAAACCGAGUUCUAUUCUCAAUUUGAAAGAUAUUUUUUAUAUUAGUCUAAAAUAUAUAGUGUGGCCCAAUUAAGAAUCACUUUCAUAAUAUUUUUACCGAUUUAUCAACUCGAUUUCAGUGAAUAAUAAAUGUAGCAUGGUAAAGAUAGAGUCUUUUAUUUUCCUUUGAUCAUUUUAACUAGUUCAUUAAAAUCGACUUAAUAAAUAAAGUUAAGGGCCCAUCUUAAAAGGACCACACUAUAUGAAGUCUCAAAUGUAAUAUUAACAACGAAACCAGGAAAAAUUAUCUUCACAAAGUCACAAUUUAAAUUUAAAACCGUUUAAUUUUCUAGGAAAAUUGUUAAUGUAAGCAAAUUUAGCAACUAAUUAAUGAAAGCAAAUUUGUUCACAUAUUGUUUCCUUUAUUACUAUGUUAUUAGGGUUUAUCGACUGUUUGCAAAAUUGGAAAGCUCUUAUAGAGUAAAAAUUUCUCUAAUGUUAUUGUUCAUUGUUCUGUAUGUAGUUUUUAUUACAAUGUGUGUGAAGUACAAUAUUAAUACUGUUACACAAAUAUUGUUUGUUUUAUUUGUAAUAAUGUAAUGUAUACUUAUAAUAUAUCAUUUUAAAUUA